UUUUUAUUCUUUUCCCUUUUUCCUUUUCUUUUUGAUAUCAUAUCAAUUAAUCAAUUAAUCUAUCAUAUCUUAUAUCAUCAACAAUGGCUCCAAAGACUAAAACCGCUAAACCAGCUUCUGCUGUCCCUGCUAAAGCUACUUACAAAGAAUUAAUCAGUUCUGCUAUCAUUGCCUUAAAGGAAAGAACCGGUUCUUCUCGUCAAGCUAUUAAGAAAUACGUUCAAUCUAACAACAACAUUAAAGCUGCUAACUUUGAUUCUUUAUUCAACACUGCUUUAAGAAAGGGUGUUGAAACCGGUGUUUUCUUACAACCAAAAGGUCCAUCUGGUCCAGUUAAAGUUGCCAAGAAGGAAAAACCAGCUACUAAAGCUCCAAAGAAGGCUGCUCCAAAGAAGGUUGUUAAGAAAGUUUCUAAAAAGACUACUACUGCCAAACCAAAGAAGGUUGCUGCUAAGAAAACUGAAGGUGCUAAAAAAGUUACUAAAAAAGCUGCUGCUCCAAAGAAAGUGACUAAAAAGGCUGCUCCAAAGAAAGUUACUAAAUAAGUAAUUUUAUAAUGAAAAAGAGAUUUUAAUUUGAAAAGAAGAAAAAAAAAAAAGAAUUUGUUCUUUUUAAAAAAAUGAAGUGAAGUAUAAAAGAAAACUAUUUAUCAAAUCGUUAUUAUUAUUAUUAUUUUCAUUAUCGUUACCUUUAUUAUUGUACAUUAGCUGAAAUUACCUUUUAUUCCCCCCCUCCUUCCUUUCCUUCAACUUUUUUUUUCUAUUAUUAUUUUUUAUCAUUUUGUUGUUUCACUCGAACUUUGAUUAUGUUGAUUGCUUUAUGAGUGAUUGGAUAUAACUUGAUUUUCGAUGAAAUGUUGUUUUAUUAGUAUAGUACUUGAUUUUUUUUUUCUCCCUUUUGUUUUGUUUAAGGAAAUGUUAUAUUUCCUUUGAUAUUCUAUGUUUGUUAUAU